GCCUGCCACGAGGGAAAGGGUUUUUUUUUUUUUUUUUAAAAAAAAAAACCGUCUUCUUUUUUUCCUAGAAAGCCAAUCAAAUUCAAAAAUAGAUACUAAGAAUUGCCCAGAUUCAAAGCAAAUAACCCUUCAAUUACUUUUUGGAAAAUUCGAAAGUUUUCAUUGCAUUUUUCGGUAAUUAUGGCUUCUCGCCGACGAAUGCUUUUGAAGGUCAUCAUUCUAGGUGACAGCGGUGUGGGAAAAACAUCCUUGAUGAAUCAAUUUGUGAAUCAUAAGUUCACUAACCAGUAUAAAGCCACAAUUGGAGCUGAUUUUUUGACUAAAGAAGUUCAGAUCGAUGACAAGCUUUUCACUUUGCAGAUAUGGGAUACAGCUGGGCAGGAAAGAUUUCAAAGUCUUGGUGUGGCUUUCUAUCGUGGUGCAGACUGUUGUGUGCUUGUUUAUGAUGUCAAUGUCGCAAAAUCGUUUGAUAAUCUCAACCGAUGGCGGGAAGACUUUCUUCUACAGGCUAGUCCUCAUGACCCAGAAAACUUCCCCUUUGUUGUGUUGGGGAACAAAACAGAUGUAGAUGGUGGAAACAGCAGAGUGGUGUCUGCAAAGAAAGCAAAGGCUUGGUGUGCCUCCAAAGGAAACAUUCCCUACUUUGAAACAUCUGCAAAAGAUGGCACCAAUGUCGAAGCUGCUUUUUUGUGCAUUGCAAAGAAUGCCAUAAAAAAUGAGCCUGAAGAAGAAGUAUAUCUUCCCGACACCAUUGACAUGUCUGGUGGGCAGCAACAGAAGUCAUCAGGAUGUGAUUGCUAGCUUGGUUUCAGAAUCAAAAUAUUCAUUUAUCAGCAUCUAUUAAUUUUUGAAAAUUUCCAGAUUGUGUACAUUACUCAAAUAGAGUUGACAUUAUAGAUCAUGUUAUAAUCAAUAUUUUUCUAAAUUGUUGUGUUUUUAUGCUGUACAAGUCCUUCAAUGUUGUCAGUGAGUUUUAAAUGAUACCCUUCUUCUUUCUCUCAAGCCAUCAACUAUAUUGUAUACUCUGUACUUCAGUAUGAAUAUUGAAUGAGAUUGGAAUCUGGAGCAUAUAUCUUUUGAUCA